AUAGAACCUGGUCAGUCUAGCAAUAAACUUGACUACAAGAUGUCAGAGGAAGAUGAUUCUUUCCUGAAUGUUAAAAGAUCUCUGAAAAAGAGAAUGGUGAAACACAGCACCCCAGUGGACUCAGUGCUCUCAAGAACAAUUCCAUCUUCUGUAGAUCUGACAAAUCAGUCAAUCAAGGACCAUGAUGCCACAAAGAGAGUUUAUGGCUCUCCAAUGCCAAAAUCAAAUCUAAGUAGAUCGUUUUCUCAAGUAUCAUUAGUACAUGUUGAUGUAUACAUCCCUCCUUCAUCCCCAAAAAAACUUUCAACAGCAUUUGAUUUGCAAGAACUAAAUAAGGAGAAAAGCCAAAGCUCUCAGCUUGUAUUUUCUAGAAAGAGGCUUUCCACUGUGUUGGCCUCUGAUGAAUCAAAUCAAGAGCCAGCUCACAAGAUUGUCCCAAACACAGAAACUCAAGCUACCACCAGAGCAUUUGUGGAUGCUGCAGUAACUCCCAAGAGUGGACCCUCAUGGCUUGUUUCUGGAAUACCAGGGAUAAAAGACCUCCCGGUAGCAAAACCCAGAAAGAAGAAAAUUGAUAAAACCCUUCAGAGAAAGAAAGAAAGAGAAUGGCUGCUACAGCAACUUAAAGACAUUGAGGAGGCAACUAAACAUGAACUGACAAUUGAAGAAGCUUGAUUGGGCUACCUGUGGGAUAAGUGCUGUCACAUCCGUCAUGUGGGCAUGCCAAGUUCCAAUAAAACACACUCUGUUAUAGUGCCUGUUAGGCUUCCUCUUUCCUUCUAAAAUGAUAUUUUGCUGUUGUUUAUUUGUUUUGUCAUUCUUUCCUCUUAAAUCCAGGAGUAGCCAGGUAUAAAUUAAGAUGAGAGUUAAGACGAGACUGUCUCUACAGGAGAGUUAAUGUUAAUUUAUAAUGACUGAAAGGCCUAGAACAAAGAAGGGAGGAAAAAUCAUUCUUCAUCCUUCCACAGCCCUCCCUGGCCUUAAUCUUUCAUGUAGCAUUUAAGUCUUAUAGGGUUGCUUAUCUUUAUUAACCAGAAGUUACUAGACAAAAUCCUAGUGUCCACACAGAGUGCAAUCCUGUUUAGCCAAAGGGGAAUCUCUUUCAAAGCUGAUGCAAUCUGGAAUGUUUUUGCUGCUACCUGGUGAGAUGAGGAAAUACUGAGAGGCACCAAGGAUGGAGGCCAUUAUUUAGAGAUUACUAAUUAAUGACAGCUUAUUUAAACAAAAUCAGUUUGUCCCAGCCUUAGAUUGUAAAUGUAACUCACUGUUGUAUUGGAGAUGCUUAAUCCUUGGC